AUUUUAUACAGCAAUCAAAUUGUUACUCUACACCGGUAAGUUUCAAAGGAGUGUUCGAGACGGAAUUUUGUCUGGUUAGACAAAGACAAAAACAAAAGACUUUGAAACUGGUACACAGAUCAGGAAAUGUUCCAACUGUUGAUACCAGAAUCUCAAGUAUGGGAUAGACGGCUUCUUCGCAAUAUCUUCUGAUAAAAAGUCUGAGCUAUGUUAGCAAGACGUGGAUGCAGGUUAAUUGCCCAUUGUUGAUGAUCGAUCCUUUAAAUGCUGGUGGAAGAAGUUAACUGCUAUAUGUACCAGCAAACCCUGGAUAUUUUGUUUUAAUCAUGGAAUGGAUUCGCCAGUUCCGCGACGCUCCUAGCCAGGACUGGCCGAGCGUCGUGAGGGGCUGUUUGGCGGUGUGUGCCGAGAAGUUCCAGCGACUCAAGUGGGAUAGUGUCGCAACCGACCCGGACAAACAGUCGAGCAGUGUCGAUGGUUCCCCAGACAACGCUGCAGCAGGGUCCGCUCAUUCCGAUGACUAUAAUUCUGCGGAAGCUGGAGACGUCUCGCUGGACCCCUCUGACAGUAUGUUGUCAUCCCACUGGGAUUCCGUCAAUUCCUCGCCAUCACACAGCAUAACGUCAUUGUCGAGACCACCACUGUCACCAAACACACCAACAUGCUCCACGCUGCCUCUCUCUCCAAACUCAUCGGCAGCAUCGGAAUCAUCUGCAUCUUGUAACACGGCCGUGCGGUCAGAGCAGUCGCCUCCCCUGGCGACCAGCGCGUCACGUUCCGCACGACUGCACGGAAGCUGCAGCAGUCUGUGUAGCAGCACCGGCUUCUACACCAAGCGGGAGAUAGAACCUCCACAGAGUAUCGACGACCUGCACUUUGAACUGCUGCAUUCUGGGAUAGCCAUUUUACCAGGAAGCCGUGAUGUGAAGGGCAAUGCGGUUGUGUUCAUCUUCACCAACAGCUCCAUCUGGCAUAAUCGGAAAGUCUUCAGCACCGAACUGGCUCGUCUGCUCAUGUACUACUUCUCAGUACCAAGGCGAGAAGCUGUGUGUAGCGGUCUUACCCUGGUGGCUGAUGUGCGUGGUGCUACGUCUUCCAUCGUGAAUACUUUGCUAGAAUCCCUGUACAUAUUUCUGGACAACAUUCCCGGUGGAGCGUCAACAGUUCACAUGUUGGCCGACUCAACAGUACAGUCGCUGGUUUUCAAAUCCCCAGUGUAUGACUCCUCAUCGCUCUUCAAGUUUGAUCUGUUACAGUCAGAAGAGCAGCUGUAUGAGAUUGUUGUUCCAGCACAACUUCCUCCCGCUCUCGAUGGCUCAUUUGUGUACAGCCAUGAAGAGUGGAUCCGAUUCAGAACGACCCUGGAACCAUUUCUUUCGAACUGCCGAACCGUGGCCCAGUAUCUAGUCGAAGCAACUCAAGAGCUCUCCAUUGCGGUGAAAGCACCCAAGUCUACGGAGGAAACUAGUCAUCUUAUUGAGAGUCACAACACUUGCUUAAAAGGGAUAUUUUCCGAUCCCCGACUUGUGCAAUUAAAGACUGACAGUGAAACCAUCCUGACUUCACUGAAACAAAGCGGAACGCUGAUUUCUCAUUCUGAUGAUUAUAGGUAUGCUAUGGAUGAGGUAAACAACCUCGACUGCCAGCUGCGUGAAACAAUACUGAAACUUGUCAAACUGAACGACAGUCAGCUCAGUAAACUUGAACAGUGUCAGCAACUCACAGAGUACAAAGAAGAAUGUGAUAAGGUAGUAUCUUGGAUGACUGAAGAUGGCUACGUGGCUCUACAGAAACACCAGAUGGUGGCAGAUCACCUCAAGGCCAUUCGCUCACAGCAGAGAGAAUUUGAGAAGUUCUAUUUCCUUGCCAUGACGUAUAUUGAAAAGGGAAAUGAUCUACUGGAGGAGUCGAGCAUGCUGUCUCAGCUGGGACACAUCGACCGCACGGCUGGGUACCGUGAUCUGGCGGGGAUGUUGAAGCACCACCUGCACGACUUCACCACGCAGCUGGAGCAGACGCGCGAGAAGAUCGAGGACACAGCCAAGUGCUACAACCUUCUAGACAAGAGUUACGAGUGGGCACUGGAGGCUAUGAAGUACGUUGCCAGCAUGAAGAUGGAGCACUGCGCGAGCCCAUUGGGUCUGGACAAGCUGCUGAAGAGUCUGGAGGUGUACCUCAAGGAACACCCGCCUCUGACGGAGGACACCUUCCUGUACAUGAUCGACACCGCGCAGAAGCUGGGCAACGACAAGCUGCUAGAGCAGUGCCACGUGGCCAAGGCGCGGUGCGAGGAGACCUUCCAGCUCCUGCUGCUCCGACAGCGCACCCUGCAGCGGGCCAGGGACCAGCUACAGGUGGAGCAGAAGAAACAGUCUCCAACCAGAGGGACACCGAGUGGGUGCAAGUCGGCGCUCGUCUUCAGAGCAGACGGCGAUGGGGUGACCGUCUGGGAUCCAAAGACCACGAGCACGCCUCGUCAUGAGAAACUAUCGGGUACAGGUCACAACCUACGGCCGCCGCUCUCGCCGACCAGUUCAGUGAAUUCGAGCUCGUAUUUAUCAGAGUCCUCCACAGACUUUCCAUCUCAGGACGUUUUAGAGAACAGUGGUUCUGCUGCUGCCAGAAGUAGCAGUAUGCACGUGAAGAGCCAAUACUCAAACGAUGACGGUGGUCCAAGGUUGAAGGGUACGCACGUGAAGAGCCAGUAUGCGAAGGAUGAUGCCAAUCCGAGGUUGCCAAACUCGCAGAAGAAUCCAGCUAAUGGAGCGGCAGGGGGUGCCAAGGUGCUGGCGAGCCGGUCGAUAUCCCAGCCCAUUCCAGACCAGAGGCGGUCCCCCGUGUCGCACACCCGGCCACUCAAAAAGAUACUGAAGCGAGCAAGCACAAACCCGUCCCUGUAUGGGUCGCCUCUGUCGUCGACUAUCUAUGAGGAGAAGGAAUCGGAGGCGUCCGGUGACAUCAAUAGAAAAGCCAAGUCCAUCAGCAUGAUCACGGGCAGUUCAGAAAGUCUGCCAAGUAUGCCAGAGGAUGACUUUGAAGCUAGUCAGGAUGCUGAUGGGGAGGGGUCAGAAGGGGGAGGUGUUCAGGGGGAGUGGACCCCUAUUCCGGUGAACACCCACCUACUGGGGAAUCAACUUGACAGCCCAUCUGAAUGCAUGGCCGACCUGAAGUUAACAGAGGCAGAAUUAAAAAACAGAAGAACGCUGUCUCUGAUCAUGUCUGAGAUCGUGCAGACGGAGCGGGACUACGUCCGGUCACUGCAGUUCAUCAUCAGCAACUACAUCCCCGAGCUGCGUCACAGCAAUGUGCCACAGGCACUGCGCGGGAAGCAGAACGUCAUCUUCGGCAAUAUCGAGAAGAUCUACCAGUUCCACAGUCAGUACUUCCUGCGGGAGAUAGAGGCAUGUCUGCACCACCCCUUCUUCCUGGGACAGUGUUUCCUCCUCCAUGAAAACAUGUUUUACCUGUAUGCCUUGUACAACAAAAACAAGCCGAGAUCUGACAACCUUAUGUUAGAAUACGGGAAACAGUUUUUCAAACAGAAACAGUUACAGCUAGGAGACAAGAUGGAUCUGGCAAGCUACCUGCUAAAACCGGUCCAGCGGAUGGGCAAGUAUGCCCUGCUGUUGAAACAGAUGGUCAAACUCUGCCCCGAACAACAGCCUGAGUUUCCAGACCUAAAGGCUGCUGAGAAUAUGAUCAAGUUUCAACUUCGUCAUGGCAACGAUCUUCUGGCAAUGGAUUCUCUCAGAGAUUGCGAUGUGAAUCUUCAAGAACAAGGGAGGCUACUCCGACAAGACGAGUUUCUCGUGUGGCAGGGUUGGAGGAAGUCGCUCCGUCGAGUGUUUCUGUUCGAAGAUCUCAUCUUGUUCAGCAAGACGAAGCGAGGUCGCCAGGGUCAUCACGACGUCUACGUCCACAAAUUCAGCUUUAAGACUGCUGACUUGGGUUUGACAGAAAACUACGGAGAAAGUGGCUACAAGUUUGAGAUCUGGUUUCGACGCAGGUCGUUGGGAGAAAAUUACAUUCUGCAAGCUCCCAAUUCUGAGGUGAAGAAAAUGUGGGUCAGGGACAUUUCUAAAAUACUUUGGAACCAAGCACUGAAAAAUAGAGAGUUCCGCCUGUCAGAAAUGGCCUCCAUGGGAGUGGGCAGCAAACCGUGCCUUGAUCUGAAACAAAGUGCAGACAACAUUCAAGACAGAUUUGUUAAUAUCGGCCUUGGCCAGAGAGGUUCUCGCACACGUGCUUCGAUUGCCGUGUCGUCGUUCGAACACCUGCGUAACGGCAACAAGCGGCCGCACUCGAUCAUCUCCGUGAGCAGUACGUCGUCCUCUAACAGCAGUCACUCCAGCUUCGGUCUGUUUGGCUCACUAAAUCUCGCCUUCGACCCCAUCGACAGUCCACAGUAUCAUCGACGACCUUCAACCCUCCUUCUCAAUGAAAGUGGUAUUGGAACAGACAUCUCUGGAUCAGAGAUGCCUGACGCAGCUGUGGAUUCUGGGAACCUGACCAAAGAACUGAAAUCUCCCAUUUCCCCUGCUAGACCCUACACAGACGAGACGAAACCUCACGCAUUAAGACAGCUGUCCUCGGAACCGGUUGUUACUGAUGUAAGUCUACGAAUGUCUGCUGGUUUUCUUUCAUUUCAUUAUUAUUUUUGUGUUUAUAUCCAAUCAGUUCAAACAUGUUGUCCUGGGCACACACCUCAGCUAACUGGACUGUGUGUCCAGGACAGUGGGUUAGUGGUUAGUGAGAGAAACGUUGGUGUAGGUAGCCUUACACCUACCCAUUGAGUUAUUAAACUUGGUCUAGGUGGGAGCCAGUAACCGGGAUUCAAAUUCAGUACCUACCCAUGUUAACUCCGAUGGCUUAACCACUAUACUAAUGCUGGUGCUGGUUUUGAAAUGUUGCCUUAGCUUUACCAGGCUACUAUUAAUUUAAAAUAUUCUUUAGGAUCGUGGUUUACUAUAUGAAAUAACCAUGUUGAUCCAUAUUGCAGGGUUUGGAAGAUUCUGCAAUUAAACCUGCUGUAUUUCUUCACCCUAAUUUUGACACCCAAUAGUCAAUGUAUUUUAAUCAUGCUGGGGUGUCGUUAAAACAUUCAUUCAUUCAUUCUUCAACCUAAUAAUUUUAAUAGAUUCGCCAUGGACGUUACAUGCAAAAAUUAGUUAAGUCAUUGUUUGUCAUUAAUGUCUGUGUAAUUUAUUUUCAGGUAUAGCAGAUGUUACAGACAAUGUGACAGUUAAUUUACCUGAUUCAG